GGCCGGCGGACACGGGGAGCCGCCGGGUGGCCGCCACCGCCGCGCCCCCCGCCCCCGACACCAUGCUCCAGUCGCUCCGCCUGCACACGUCGGCGCUCCUGUCCCAGGCGGCCGCCUGCCUGCUCCUGUUCCCCCGGUUCCUGCUGACGGCGCUGAUGCUCUGGCUCCUGGAUUUCCUGUGCAUCCGGAAGAAAGUCCUGCACGGGCCGGGGCCGGGGCCGGGGCCGGGGCCGGGGCCCGGUCCCGGUCCCGGGGAGGCGGGGGAGCGGCAGGGCCCGGAGCCGUCCGCGCCGUCGGAGCCGCCCCCCGACGACCCCCCGGUGCGGGUGUCGGACUCCAACCGGCUGUGCACCCUGGAGUCGCUGAAGGCCGUGUGGCACGGGCAGAAGCUGGACCACUUCAAGUCGGCGCGCGUCGGGGCCCCGGCCCCCAACCCCGUGGUGGUGGCGCCGGACGGGCCCACGCGGCGCCGCCUCCUCGACUUCGCCCGCGGGGCCCGGCCGCUGGUGCUCAACUUCGGCAGCUGCACCUGACCGCCCUUCAUGGUCCGGCUGCGCUCCUUCCAGCGGCUGGCCGCCCGCUUCGUCGACGUGGCCGACUGCCUGCUGGUGUACAUCGAGGAGGCGCACCCCUCCGACGGCUGGGUCAGCUCGGACGCCCCCUACGACAUCCCCAAGCACCGCUGCCUGGGCGACCGGCUGCGCGCCGCGCGCCUCAUGCAGCAGGGGGCGCCCGGCUGCCCGCUGGCCGUCGACACCAUGGACAACGCCGCCAGCGCCGCCUACGGCGCCUACUUCGAGCGCCUCUACAUCGUCCAGGACGCCCGGGUCGUCUAUCAGGGAGGGCGCGGGCCCGAGGGCUACAGGAUCGCCGACCUGCGCCUCUGGCUCGAGCAGUACCGGCUCCGCCUCGGGGGGCCCGGGCCCGUCCUCGACGUGUAAACCCCCCCCACCCACCCCCCGACAGAUCAGUCCGGCAGCCUAAUAAAACAUCAUAAGCCUGAUCAUGAGACAGAGGGACAA